AUGUCUGCUCCUGAGCAUAUUGAGGAAGAAAUUGAUAACCUCGUCGAGGAUGAGUAUGUCCAAGAAGGAGAUGUUGAAGAGGAAGAGGUGCCCGACUUGGAUGAAGGCGAGCCUAUGGACGACGAUGAUGAGGAAGAGGAUAUGGAUGACUCUGCCGAUGGCUUUGAAGUUAGACCCAAUGCCGACGAUGAAAACACUAUGGAACUUGCAGAUGACUCAGUGCAAGGUUUCUUUGAUCAUCGUGAGCCCGUCUAUGCCAUUGCUAUGCAUCCCACUAGUAAUGGUAUUAUUGUCAGUGGUGGCGGUGAUGACAAGAGUUAUUUGUGGCGUUGUGAUACUGGUGAGAUGAUGAAAUGCCUCGAUGGUCAUACUGAUUCUGUCACAGCUGUCGCUUUCAGUUGUGAUGGCAAGUAUGUUGCAUCCGCAGCUAUGGACGGUAAGGUGCGUGUCUGGAACGCUGAAACUGGUGACUUUUGUGUAUCUGUGGAUGGCCCUGAUGAGAUUAUCUGGAUCGACUGGCAUCCCAAGGGUAACAUUUUGUUGGCUGGUGCAAAUGAUUCCACUAUUUGGAUGUGGGCCAUGCCUUCGGGUAAAUUCAUGAACAUCUUCAACGGUCAUGCUGGUCCUGUCACUGCAGGUUGUUUCACACCUGAUGGCAAGAAGAUUGUUUCAACAUCUGAAGAUUCUAGUUUCAUUAUCUGGGAUCCCAAGUCUGCAGCUGCUGAAUUCCGUUUGUCUGGUGAUGAUGCUCGUUUCCAUGCUGAAGUCAUUACAUCUGUUUGUGUAAACAAGGAUAGUACUUUGGCUAUCACUGGUGAUGCUACUGGUAAAGCUAGACUUGUGAAUAUCUUGAAUGGCAAUAUUGUUGCUUCAUUAGAAAACCACACAGACUCAGUGGAGACAUCUUCAUUCUGUGAUGUCCUUCCUUUAGCUGCUACCGGUUCAGUUGACGGUACAGUCUCUAUUUGGGAUGUCCAAACACAGCGUCUCCGUGCUACCUUGAGCCAUGAAGAUGCCGUUGUUAAAGCAAAGUUUGUUAAAAACUCUCCUAUGCUUGCCACAUGCUCAGCAGACAGAACUGUAAAGAUGUGGGAUGCUCGUACAGGUCAAUGUGUCAAGUCUUGGUCUGGCCAUCGUGAUACCGUUCUUGAUAUCGCCGUCGCAGAUGAUGGCAAUGUCAUCUGUUCUGCCUCUGAUGAUGGUACCUGUUUGGUAUUCAGCAUGUAA